AGCUACUACACCGCCUUACGCACCGAACCGUUGCUCAUUCUGGCAGCGUUACAGCAAUACACCUCCACGGAUCAGCAGCAGCAACAGCAGCAGCGCGUACCUUCGACACAAGAUACGGCCACCGUUUGUAACGGUUCCGCAGUCGAAAACGGUCGGGCGGGUUAUAGCGAACAGCAACAGCAGCAGCAGCAACAACACACCCCAGGAAAGUCACCCAACACUCUACUGCUACACUGUUGCUGCGUGAUCGUACAAAUUACUCCCGUAGCACCCGGCCGGAGUCACGUAACAACGACGGCGUCGGCCAAAAAGCCCACCAUAGGUGACGAUGGUGGUGGUGGCGCCAGCGGAGGGGGAAGCGGAGGAGGAGGAGGAGGUGGAACGGGAACGAGCGGACGGACACCCGUCUGUCGCUGCAACACGCAGUACAAGCUGCAAGAUCUGAAAGCACUAGCCGCAAGUCAAAAGCAGCAGAAACACCAAACUUUAGCCACCUCCAAUGUCCAGUCAUCCUCCACCAGCGCCAUCAAUGCCAUCGGAACUGCGCCGUUGCAGGGCAUACUGGCGAAAUCGUCCACUACCGGGCAUCGGCAGCAUCAGCCACUGCAACAGCAACACUCGUCUCAAUCGCUUGCAUACACCGGUUCGACAGGACAACCACCACCACCGCCACCGCCGCGCCAAAGCCAGGAGCUUUCGAACGAGGAGCUGAUCAAGUUCCUGCAGCAGAUCAAUGCCGAUAUCAAGUGGAUUGAGCAGCUGCAGCAGUACAAGUACGAGAUCGAAAAGUCCACCUCCACCGACAAAACAAAUGCGCGUAACAUUAACAAACCGACCGUUACCACUGCCCAGCUACCUCUCGCCAAUGGGCAUCUCGGGAAGCCAAAGUCGGAACCGAUGCUACCCUCCGUGGCAGCUACAGCCGGAAGCACCAGUACGGGUGCCAUCUCCAAAACGGAAUUCUUUGAUCGCAACCUCAAACAGAGACAUUCAUCACGAUCGGUUGAUGCUAGUACCGCUCGGCGUGAUGAAGAGGAGUAUGGGAAGGAUGGUGGCAACGGGCAUCAGCGUCACUCAUCCGGGCCGAGCGAUCUACAGCUGCUAAAGUCGGACAUCUCCGAGUGGUUGCUGAAUUUGCCGCUUAAGAAAAGUGUCGAGUUUCUGCAGAAGGCCAAAAGUGCUCAGCUCAAGUACGAGAAAGAACAGGAGUUACAGAUGCAGCUGCAGCAGUUGGCGAAGAAACCGCUGCAGCGCCAGAUAUCGGGCGGAACUGUCGAUCGGGGUGUUGCUCAGCAGCAACCGGCAGAGAUCGCGCUAACACGCGACGAUAUACUCGAGUGGCUUAAAAAGCAGCAGAUCUUCAGCAAGGUCAAUGAGGAAACGAGUGCGACGAAGAAAUGUAAGGAUAAAGAGGAGAUCACGCUGCACCAUUACGAUCCGUCGAGAAUAUCGCGAGGUGCUGCACCGGGACCCGUACCCAGUUCGAGCUCGUCAGCAGCGAAGCUACUAAAGCGUCACUCACUCGGACCGAAUGAGGAGUUCUUCCAUAAGCAAACGACUACCGACUGGAUACAGUACCCGCUGCGGCAGCUUAAGAAGCACACAUUCGAUCCAACACAAUCGAGCUGCACGGACGUACGGCGCAAAGAAGUCCGGACGGAGCAUAGUCACCGGGAGCGUAAAUUACGCCAUUCGGCCAGUGAGGUAGUUACGUCGUCCCAGUCCGAUCUGCCGGUUCACUCGCAGUCGCAAACACGCAUAGCACCUCAGAAGCCGGAACGAACCUUCCGGUAUCAUUCACGCGAUCGGGCACCGGUCACCACCGUAACCACCACGCACCGGCAACACUCGAUGCCGCAGAUUCCGCUCCAUCAGCAACAACACUUCCAGUAUCCUUCUUCGCAACCGCAGCCACAACCGUCGACAUCGACAUUCGUGCCUCAGGCGCCGAUUAAGUCCGCCAAGAAGGAACGCUCCCGACGACACCGGACGCAGCGUUCAGCCACUGUCGGCGAUAUCAACCAGUUCAACAAGUCCUCCCUGGCGGUGGGAGCAUACCAUAAGAGUGGCGGUCCCGGCGGUGGCGGUACCGUACCGGCCGCCGGUUCCCAUUCCCGUUCCGCCGAACGAAGUGCCUCGUUGACGCGCUGUCCGGAUCCAAGCUGUUCGGUGAUGUCACUGUGUGACGAUCCGAACUGCUACAUGUUUGGUGGUGAAGGUGUUCAGCCGACUGUCGCCACCACCAGCUAUUACGAUACGCCCCGGUGUGCCUCGUUGCCCCGUGUGCUCCCGAAGAGCACGCCCAAGUGUGGCCCCAUGUGCUACGAAUGUAACAACAAGUGUAACUCGCUGCCCCGCUGUACUGACGCGCGCUGUCAGAUCGGUGCCCCAUUCGGUGGCCCGUCCGCAAAGGCGAAGAGCAACUCACUGCCAAGAAAUGUCGAGAGCUACAUGUACCCGCAGCAACCGCAACAGCAACAACACCAGCAGCAGCUACCACAGCCGGCGUUACGCGGUGCCGGACGGUUGUCGCGCGAAGAAAGCCGCUGCUCACUGCCUCGCUCGUCAUUCAAGUCGUCGAAAAAGCGUUCCGCGUCCGCGUCCGGAUCCGGUUCGAAUGGUUCGAAGCUCACAAAGUCACUGUCGGCGGCUUCGCUCAAUUCGCGCCGACGUCGCCACAAAACGGUACACUUCGGUGAGAAUUUGCUGCGCGAGGUGUGCCAAAAUCGAAAGCUAAUCCAACCGCUACAGGAAACCCCGUCCGGAUCGGCACCGCUGCAGCCAAAUAUUCAGAUGCUGUACAACUUCGUGGAGGGUGUUCUCAGUGCCUGGGUUGACGAUGAGGAUGAUCCCAACAAGUCCGGUCCGGAGUCGGAACCGGAGCGGGGUGCUGUGCUAAAGCCGAUGCACCGGUGCAAUCGGGCACGGUUCCAAACGAUACGGCGCGUCGUUAACGAGGCCGCCGAGCUGAAGGGUUCGUCCAAGCUCGGUAACUCACGGUACCGGCAUCGACAUUGGCGUGGUACGGCCAAGGACUGCAACGAGCGCUUUCUUCGCAAGAUAUCCGAUGACGAUCGCAUGAGCCUUACGACGGCCGUUUCGGACGAGGACGACGGGGAAAGCGUGAUGGCCUCACCGUACAAAGCGAAAGCGACCGGUACGGCGGCCGCAUCCUUCAACUGUACCGGCGCCGUACGCAAGGCUGGCUUCCUGUCGGUAAAGAAGUGGCUGCUGCGCAAGAAGCAUCAGAUCGAGCUGGCCCGCAAACGUGGCUGGAAGGGCUAUUGGGUGUGCCUGAAGGGUACGACCCUGCUGUUCUAUCCGUGCGAUUCACGCGAAGGCCGCUCGGUCGAGGCUGCCCCGAAACAUCUGAUCAUAGUGGACGGUGCGAUCAUGCAACCGAUACCGGAACAUCCGAAGCGGGACUACAUCUUCUGCCUCAGCACGGCGUUCGGCGAUGCGUACCUGUUUCAGGCGCCGUGUCAGGUCGAGCUCGAGAACUGGGUGAACAGCAUACACAGUGCCUGUGCUGCAGCGUUCGCCAGACAUCGCGGCAAGACUGGUACGCUGCAUCUGCUGCAGGAGGAAAUAUUCCGCCUCGAGAAAGCAAUAGAAUCGGAUCACAAGCUCAAGCACAUGGCUGAUCUGCAGCAGAGCGUUGUCACCGAUGCGGACACACGUCACCAGAUCCAGCAGCAGAUCCUUCAGUGGGAGGAAAAUCUCGAACGUCUGCACUGCGAACAGUUCCGUCUGCGCUGCUACAUGGCUUCGCUGCAGAACGGCGAGCUUCCGAAUCCGAAGUCGCUGCUAACGCACGUAUCACGUCCCACGAAGAAUACGCUCAACAAGCUCGGUGUCUUUACGGUUUCGUCGUUCCACGCGUUCAUCUGCGCCCGGUCCCCUUCGCUGCUGAACAAUCUGCUAGCGGGCCGUGGUGCAACCAAACGGCGGCCACCGAUACUGUCGCGGUCGAACAGUGGUUCCAGCCGGCGCUCGAUGCAAAUCAACUCGCGCGAUGAGCCGGAAAAGAGCUAUAAGGUCGCGUUGCCGGAAAACACCUUCGCUACGGUGUAUCUGCGCGAGGGUAUGUCGGUGGAGGAGUUUCUGGCCAGUGCGUGCAGUCGCAAAAAUUUGAAUCCGAUGGAACACUUUGUGCGGGUGAAGAAGCGCCGGGAUAUGGAAGAUCACAACUACUUUGUUCCUCACAGAAAUGAUUUGAUUGAAACAUAUCUACACACCCAUGAGGUAGUGGAAGUGUGCGCAAAAAUUUUAUAUCAAGUAGAACUACAACGAACAACGCUCGAGCAAAUGUGGGGCUUCUCGGUGGAGGCGGAACUGAUCGAGAACGCUGACCGGCAGGACGAGCUCUGCUGCUACGUGAGCCGUGUCGAAGACAAGAGUGUUGCCAUGCAGAACGGUGUCAUUAAAGGUGAUGAAAUAAUUGUGAUAAACGGUGCAAUCGUUUCCGACCUGGACAUGAUGUACUUGGAAAGUGUGCUUCAGGAAGAACAAGCCUUAUGCAUGAUGAUGAGAUCUUCCCGCACGGAACCACCGGAUCUGGUCGGCAUCAUGCGCUCUACCGACGAUAUCAUCGAAUCGCUGGUGUGUCCUCCACCACCAUCGGAUCCACCGGUUAUCAGCGAGGAGAUGAUAUCAGGCCUAAUCGUUCCCGCACCAGGUUGGCGACGUUCGUGUAUUGCAGGCAAAGAGGUCUAUUCGCCCGAGGUUGAAAGCUCUCCAGCACCUUCCUCCAACGAUCCGCAUCUGUUGGCGAUGGAUCGCUCAAAACCAUCGUCACGUACCAGUAGCUUCGAGAUUGAGAAUCUGCUCAAGUCCGCUGAACAGGUAACUGGGUUCUGCCGGUCACCGCAGGAAACGCGUAAAUCUAGCCCAACGGGUUCGGUCGCCUCAUCCGUGUCGAACGUCAUGCUGACACCAUCACGUCAACUAACCGAUGCCGAGAAGCUUCGCAAGGUUAUUCUCGAACUGGUCGAUACCGAGAAAUCGUAUGUUAAGCAUCUGAACAAUCUGCUGGAGUACUAUCUGGAGCCGCUGAAACGUGAAACAUUCCUGUCGAAUGCCGAAAUUACCGCCCUGUUCGGCAAUAUCCAAGAGAUUGUUACAUUCCAGCGCCAGUUCCUGAACAACCUCGAGGAAGCGCUAGAUCUUGAGCCCGACUUCCAUCAGCUGGAGCAUCCUAGUCAGUUUAAGAAUGUACUGUUUGCCAUUGGAUCUGCAUUUUUGUACUACGUUAACCACUUCAAGCUAUACUCAUCCUUCUGUGCCAGUCACAGCAAGGCACAGAAAGUGUUGCAUCCAAACGAAGGCAAUCAAGCACUGCAGGAGUUCUUGGCCGCCAGAAAUCCUAAGCAACAGCACAGCAGCACUCUCGAGUCAUUCCUCAUCAAACCGAUACAGCGCAUUCUAAAAUAUCCGCUGCUACUGCAACAGCUGCGCAAUCUUACCGACCCGAAUGCGGCCGAACAUCUGCAUCUGGUCGAAGCACUCAAGGGUAUGGAAAAGGUGGCGGAACACAUCAACGAAAUGCAGCGCAUCCACGAAGAGUACGGUGCGAUCUUUGAUCAUCUCUUCCGCCAGCAUCAGAAAUCCUGCAAGCAACCGAUCGAUCUCAGCCCUGGUAGUGAUCUGCUCUACUAUGGUGGCGUCGAGUGGCUUAACAUCAGUGAUUUCCUCGGCAAGAUCAAGAAGGGUCUCGAGCUGCACGCCAUGUGCUUCGUCUUCAAGUCGGCUGUGGUGUUCCUGUGUAAGGAACGUUUGCGCCAGAAGAAAAAACUCAUGGGUGUUUCGAGCAAGAAUGCUACGAACGAGGUAGAAAUCAUCCGCUAUCAGGUGCUGAUACCGGUCACCGAGGUACAGGUAAGGGCUUCCUCCGCCAAGGACAUGGACUCACACUUCCUCUGGGAGCUGAUACACCUUCGAUCCCAACUCCAACGCCGAUCGGAGAAAGUCUACGUACUAUCGAACAGUACCGCCGAGUUUCGUAACGCGUUCCUCAAGACAAUCCGACAGAUCAUACGGGAAAGCGUUCGCAACAUGUCGAUACCGUCGCUCAAGAGUAUGGGCGGCAGUACGAACUCGAUGACGGGCGUCGGAAAUUCCUCCGGAAAUUCGCAAACUCUCGAGCGACCGAAGCAGCAGCCACAGAUCAUGCAGGGGUCUCAGACGCUUGGCAAGCCGAAGAAAUCCAAGAUCAAUCAGCGUCACUCGUCUGGAAAUAUCGACUACGAUAAUACGACCUCGGGCAGCCAGGAAGCGGAUGAUCCACCGGUACCACAGUACAGUGGUCAGUUCCGUAUGCGCAGCAAGACGGUGGGCGAUGUCGGAGAGCAAGUUGCUGCAUGCAGACGAAACAUGAGCGAGCGCGAACAGGAAAAACCGGAUCCCGGUACCAAAUCGGAAGGGGAGGAUGAUUCGCAACAGGGCACGGUUAAACCGAAAUCAUCCCUAGGCAAAACACCGAAUCACCUAACGCUGAGCACCACCUCGACGCUAUCUGUGGGCAGCACCGGCAGCCAGGCGCGCCUGAUACAGUCGUCACAUCCGCCGGCCACCUACCAUCCGGUGCUGAUGAAGGAUCUAGGAUCCCCGGUGUGGAAGCCUAGAGACAUGAUUAGUUUAAGUGACGCCCCGUCGACAUCACGUAAAGAUGAAAGUAAAUAAACUUUUCUCGUUACUCAACCCAUCUUUCGAAGCAAAAAAAAAAACCAUGCAAAACAUGCCAAUGAUCCAAAACCAAAACGGAAAAACCAUUACAAGAAAUCCAUUCCUUUUCCUCCGUUUUUCCAUAUCCCUUCGUUACCCCCGCCCUUGCAUUGCAACAUCCUGAUUGAGUAUUUGGGCUUAAGCGUAAGACUCGAAUUGUUUGCGAGUUCCAUGGCAGCACACUCAAAGGAUCGCAGCUCAAAUCGGUUGGAAUGAUAGAGAGAUAGAGAGCAAUAGCAUGCGGACACUGUCACGUGACGGAUUGCAAUUUGUAACGCAAUCGGUAACGGAUUGCGAAAGGCUUUAGGUAGAGUGCGAACGUUGGCAGAAUUGUGCAGAAUACUGACGUUAGAGGGGAGGUGCGCAAAAUAAAACUGUACCGCAAGAUGAAACUACUGCAUCUGGCACGAUGUGUGCGCACGUAGCCAUUUUUAAGUACUACAAAUAGCCGAGAUUCUUGGAAGAGUUAAGAGUAGAAGAGAUGAAGAGUUGGAAAUUCCCGCCACAAAGAUGUAACACGAAAACAGUUGGACGCGAAGCAUAAUGGUAGGUGAAUAUCACUGAUUCUCUGAGCAGAUUAAGUUCGACGGUGAUGGUUAUUGUAAUAAUCAUUGCCAUCGAAUAGAAGCAAAACGACAGCAGUUGAUAGUGUGUUUUCUUACCAUAUUAAGAGAUCAAUCCAAACGGAAUGGACAUGACGUGGUCGCCGUGCCCUAACACACAACUUGAACUCAAUUGCAAAUCUAGUACACUUCCUAAGUAAACGGUGUCUCUUAUAGAUACGACCGUUUCCAGCUAUCAUUCUCUUUUUUAUAAGGACACAGAAAUGUAACAACAAAAACGAAGAGUUCAUCGACCUCUACACUCAAACACCUGAGACCUAAGGACGCAAAAGAGAUAUCAACUGAACAGUGUUAGACACAGCAAUCCAAUCUCACUAGGGAACGGGUCAUUAAAAAAAACGAUUGUCACACCUCCCCAUCGUACGUACGUCAAGCAAAUGUGGCACACUGCUGGCAACCAAUUCUUUGUUAAGCGAACCAAUAGUGAGAUGGGUUUAAACAUCGUGAACGUGUGAGGAGGCCUGGACGAGGGCCAAAAGUAGUCAAAAGAAACAAAGCAAAAACACAGCGAGUAAAACCAAGAGAAAAUCCAUAAACGUGUUUGUAUUAGCGAUAAUGGAACGAUAAUGAGCAGCGUUGAUCUAUAGAAACAUAGUGCAUGAAUUAUCUUGCAAAUUGCGAUAGAAAAGAAAUUACUGUUUCACACGGCACUCACCCACAAAACACCCACACAAAACUUCUCACGGACGAACGAGGACAAGCAGAAAUAUGAAAUGAAACAAACAAACAAACAAACAAACAGAACAUUAGUAAGCAUUACACUAGACACCAAGCAACAUGAAAUUAACACAAACACACUUUCAUUAGCAUGACUAAACACUAAAACCAGACAUGACAAAACCAUUACGUGCUAAGGUGAGAAUGAACGUCAACACGGAAGAUACUUUUGUGUGGGGAAAAUGAUAAAGCGCCGAACAUACCGUUGAUAGUGUGUGUGUUCGUGUGUUACGAGAAGAAGAAAAAAAUGGGAAGAAAAGUGAAAUUGUUUAGAGUUUGUUUUACCUUUUCGAUCAUUUUUAAUCCUAAACCAAUAGAAUAUAAAAAUAUAAAACCUGUAUAAUCGAGUGAAAGAAUGACUAGACUUCGGAUUGAGAAGCUAGCGUAUGCAAGCGGCUUACAAAUGAAAUACCACUGCAGAAACAAACAGGCAGAAUAGUAAUUAAAAACUACACAAACUAAACACACACACACAUACCUUUCACGAAUACAAAAAAAACUCCCCGUAGGACAUAAAAUAACAAACAAAAACAUUACACUCUCUAUCGCAACCUAAAACUAAAAACGCUGAUUCGUUGUGCGUAACGAAGUGCGUACAACGUUUUACUUAGUGUGUUUCUGUUGUCUGUUUGUGGUGUUUGCGCAAACAGGGCAUGUCUUACUAUCUGCACGAAUGGAGCUCACAUUCUCAACCCGUACACUUGCCGUACACUUGCUCUUUGUUAUAUCUUCCUGCUGGUCGAGGAUCGAUCACAGCAGGGUAAAGCAAUGACGAACUGAUCGUACUGAAUCACAAAUCGUUACAAAAAUUAACGAUAAACAAAUAGCAGCGUAAACAACCAUUCGUUAAUGGCUGUAAGAUGAUUGUGUGUACGUGCAACAAAUGGGAAAGAAAAAAAGAAACACACACACAGAAGUAAAAUGUAAGUGUUAGGAAGCCAAAAUUAAGAACACUCAACACACAACAGCAACAUCAACAAAACGUACAUGUACGAUGGAAAAGGGAAUUGAAUUUUAUAACAAACCAAAAUAAAUUUAAAAAAAUUAAGCCAAACUAACAGGUAGCAAUGAAACUAAAACAAAACAUACAUAAAAACACAUACACACAAACACACACCAGCGCAAAUUCAUACUUACACGUAAACAUACCAGAAGAGGAGAAGUAGCAAAAAAAAAAUACACGAACUGUAAAAGCUCGCAAAAAAAACCCCGAACAACAAACAAAUCGAUCCGAAUUAGAAAUGCAAAUACAAAAAUGUCGAAAAGAAAAACAAUGAAAAUUUAAACGAAUCAUAAAGCAGCAAACAGAAAAGGUAAAGAACAACAUGAAAACAAAACCCUACAAACAAUAUAACAAGAAAAAUCUAUACAAAAUUACUAAAACACUACUAAAACUAUUAAAAUACUAAUGAUUAUUAUGAUUACCACACAUUCCCAAUCAUGUACACACACGACAUACAAUACAUUGCACACGAAUGAAGCAACUACAGAAAAGAACCCUACAUUCACACACGCACACGUAUUGCAAAGUGUAGACGAUUACAAGAUAACAACACUAACGUGAUACAUGCUAAUAUAGAACGGUACGGCACGUUUUUUUAUAUUUUUGAUUUGUUUUUUUUUUAACUUUUUUUGAAGUUGCGUUUACUGUUGUGUGUUUUGAUUUCUUUCAUCAUUCAUUUCUCUUGUUCUUUUUUUUUUGUUAUUCUUUUUUACUUAUCUCAGAAUGAUAGUAAUUGCAUUUUUUGCUUUCGCUAACUAAAACAAUAAACAAACUAUAAAUGUUUAAUUUUAUGAUUUCGGUUAAGAAGUCUGUAAAAUUUUCCGUUACAAACCACUGUUCCCAUUGCACCUUGGAGCAAUCCGAAGUAAAAAAAAAACGAAAAACACAUAAAAAUACAAAACACACACUAACAAUUAAGAUAUUUGCAAAACUACACAUACUUAGAACAAUGCAACACAAAACGUUGACAGUUGAUAGAAAUAUAUUAGUUAAAUAAACAGGUAAAUCAUGACCGAUAGUCAGGGAUGGAUUACCAAGCAACGGUACGAGUUGUUGCGCAAUUCCAACCAACAUGCCAUUUCCGCAUUCCCACAUGCAACGGCAUUAGGAUUUUAAUACACACAAGACGUUUCAUAUCGAUGAUGUUUCAUCGCUAGAUGCAUGCACAAUGCAAAACAACAAAUGAAUGAAAGGAGAAAAAAUCCAAAAAAAAAUCAAAACCAACGUUACAGCACAUCGGCAAUCGAUUUGGUUCUGUUGUUCAGUGUGUUCGUGUGUGUGUUUGUAUUGAUUGAGUUGGGAGCCUUAAUGAGAUUAACGAGGUACGAUCGUUUAUGGCACGAUCGUACAAAACCCAAUUUCAUGGAGCAGAAGAAAAAAAAGAAGAAGAAGCGUGCGGUAGGACAAGAUGAUGUUCCUUUCGGUUGAGUGAAGAUCCUUGCUGAUCGUUAUGGUGAGUGAAAGUGAAAGCUCUUCCACGUUUUUCUCACACCGAAAUUAAAGCGAACGACGUUGUUCUGUUUUAUCGUGCCCGUAUUAGUUGUUUCCAUACAUACAUACGUACCCAUAAGUACCUAUUCAGACUUCUUCGAAAUGCGACACUCUAGUCUAACGAUGCAAACACUCAAAAAGGAACCACAUCUCUUACAUUAAAACCCUGUGCCAAUUAUUGAUAAGAUUACUAGCGAUGAUACACGGAAGUACGAAGCCAAAGGGAGUUAAACCGGCACGAUCAGUAGAUCACGUUCGUGCAUCCACAAACGUUGUUUUGCAGAAGACACAAACAAAGGAAGCAAAUAUACACAUGCAUACAAAAAACACACACAUGCAGACACAAACACACAUAUUACAUAAAACACACGCAAGACGAAUUUCCUAUAAAGAAAAGACAACAACUCAUAAGAGAGAGAGAGAGAAAGAGCGAUAAUGAAAGCGAGAUAGUAUGGUAGAGACGGAGUAAAAGAAAACACCUAGCAAAAAGUGAGUGAAAUCCGCAAAAAAAAAACUGUUCUUUGUAUACUUCCCGUUUUUCUGUCCGUACUUUUGUUGACGACAUAAGCGUUGAUAUACUAAAACAACAACAAAAAAAAACAACUAAAAACUAAAAAAUACUCAUUUUACCCGCAAAACUAACUAUAAGCGCCGGAACUUUCCGGCACCCUAGCAAACAAUCCUCGAACACGAAGCAAGAAAGCGAACAUGAGCGGCGAAGUAAAGCAAAAGUCUAGCUAGUCGGCAAAAAAGAAAACAAAAAGAUGUGAAAACGAAAACAAACAAACGAAGAAAAAAAUAAACCAAAAAAAACAUACGAUCCUAGCAAUGAACAUUCUACAUCGUAACAAUGAAACAUGUGCUGACAGACAAAGGCAAAACAGUGGCGAACGAGAGCGAACAGUGCACAGCAGUGUAGGUAAAGAUGAACGUCAGGAAAGGAUGAUAACAUAAGCUCCAAAAGUGGCCGCGCACAUGUGGAACGUACACAGGCACGGCUAACACAGUUUCCUGACAGUUUCUUGAGUUGGAUUUUGUACUCCUUUGGAAAUGUCUAAGUAUUCAAUAAAGAUAAUGUAAACACACGUACACGUACACAAAGGUAAAAAAAAAACAACAUUAAGAAAUACACUCACACUCACAUGGACACACUUAAUACACACUUACGCACAACCCAUCAGAGAGAAAGUGGCUAACAAUGCUACAGAAGAAAACUAAACAAAAGGAAACAAUGGGUUAAAACGAAAUAGAGCAAAAAAAAGGUAAACAAACAAAAUGGUUGCAAUACCAUACAGUGCAGCAUUAUGAAACACACACUCAAACAAAACCAACAACAACAAACAAAAAAACAAUGUUCUGAAGUCGUUAAGAAUA